UUAAAUGCUGUUCUUGGAUACAUACGAGCAAGUCACACACUUUGCCUUCGUGCACAGACUCUCACUUGUUUAGGUUGUUCCCUGGGGUCCUUAGUUGGGGCUUGCAACUCGCCGUUGUGCUGCCAGUCUCCUUGCGUCCACUAUGGCCGCGUCCAGUCGGCCGGUGUUUCCCGGCACUUGCUGUGUGACGGCUAGCUACCCGCGUCCAGUGCCUGUGUGCGGGCCGGCUCUCACGCUGCCGCCGCUGAGAUUGUGUGCUGCGAGGUGACCACCCGCCACAGCUCGGGCGCAGCCCGUGUCGGCGCCGCCGCCACGGAGCCCACAGCCGCAUGCAGCCCUGCACGCGCGGCUGCCUCCAGCAGCGCCGACCCCAUGUCGCCUGCGGCGGUGCGCUUCAUCAGCGACCAGGCCGUCGCCGCCGGCGCUGCGCCCUUCACAGCACCUGCCCGGCUCACGUCCACGCCUCCUCCGCCGGUGUCUGGUGCGGAGCUGGCGGCAGGGCUGCAGGCGGCCUUCCCCAUCCUGGGCGCGACCUCGUCGUUGGCGACUGGUGCCGGUGCCGUCAAGGUCCUGGUGGGCGGCCACGUGGUGCACCGGGCCGGGUGGGUGGCGGGCGUCAGCACCGGGCUGCGCCAGCGCGAGGUGCAGCACGUGCCCUCUGCGUUCGUGGCGGAGCGGCACAGGCCGCUGGUCGCCCUGGCGCGCAAGAGCGUGACGGUGCGCUUCCCGCCUGCGGAGCUGCGUGCUGCGCUGUCGGACCCGAGCCCGGAGUGGUUCGCUGACAUGCUGCGGCCCUGCGUGCGUGAGGCGGUCGUGUGCGGCGAGGUGAUGCGCCGCUUCCGGUCCAGGCACGGCCAGGCGGCGCUGGAGCGCUGGUUCCCCGAGCAGUUUGGGUGGACCGUGGAGGUGGUGUCGGAAAAGGAGGCGGGCGUGAGCGGCUGCUUCCGCUUCGUCACGCACAGCGCGUGGCAGGCCAACGGCAACCUGGAGAGCUACAUGACCAACCUGUUCGCGGACCGCGACCCUGAACGGUACGCCAAGACCGUCAAAGCACUCACACAGUGGGCCCACGUGUGUGAGCUGCUGAGCGCCGCCGGCAUCACGCUCGGAGACAUGAAGCCGGGCAACCUGCUGGUGGACGAGGACGGCAACAUCAAGCUCACGGACCUGGACGGUGCGGCUCUGCUGCCUGCGCACAUCGUGAUGGACGCACAGGAGGACGCCGAGGCGGCCGCGGUGGGGGGCGGCGGCGGGGCGGCGGCGGCAACCGCGAGCGCCGCGAUGCGCGGGCUGGAGACGGCGGCUGUGUCCGAGUCUCCGUACAUGAUGACGACGGCGUUUGCGCCGCCUGAGAUGUGGGUGGGCUGGGCGCGCUCUCGCAUGAGCUACCCAGACGCGCUGGAGCAGCUUCUGGCGCGUGCUGAGUCGCGCAGCUGGGCGGGCGCGCUGCAGCUGCUUCAGCAGCUGGACGGCUGCGAGACGCGGCUUGAACAGCUGCAGCUGCUGUCCGACCUGGGCGGCCGCGACUGGAUGUGCGCCGCCUCGCACACGUACCUGCUGGGCGCGGCCGUGUGCGACUGGUCCUGCGAGCAGCUGGGGCAGCUGGCGUGUGUGGCUGGUGGUGGCGGGCGGGCGCUGCAGUCGGACGUGGGCUUCCUGUCCGAGCUGCACGACGUGGCGGAGGGGCUCAUGGCGCUGCGGCCGAACCAGCGGCCCAGCAUGCAGCAGCUGCGCACACGACUGGCGCGACUGGCAGAUGACUGGUGCUAGCAGCUGUCUACAGCAGUCGGGCAAGGCAGUAGGGGUGGAGAGGGGGUAGGGGGACAGAGGGCAGGACGAAAGCAGAUAAAGUCACGUGCGUGCCUCAAAGCAGGGGAGGCGGCCUUACCUGGGGCUCGGGCAGGGCAGAAUGGGAAAUUGAAGACGUGGCUAUGCGUCCUGCAACGCCGCCGGGUACACACGUGCUCGUGGACAAUAAUGAACCAACGGUAUCCGCCAAGGUAUCCGCAUGCAUGCGCUCCGCAUGGGGUAGAUGCUUGCUGGCGGAUUGGUAUCCCAUGGCAUUGACGUUCGACACAUGAUACAGGUACGUAUGAUUUGAAGAUGGGGUGUGUUGCGCACACGCGCCAGCAAAGGCGACACUCCAAGGUUGGACGGCUCCAGAGAUACUGGUAUGGUGCUUGGCAUGGUUAAGCGUAGUCUAUGCUGCUGUGUAAGCAGCAGGACUGUACGUUCACAGGAUGGGUAGGCGUUAGAACGGGCAGAGACGGGAUGAACAACACGAUGAACUUGCUUUCCUUGCAUGAUGCGUGCGUGUGGGGGGGCCCAUGGGCGAAGGCAGGCAGGGUGUGCCCGUGUGGCGAUGCCCAUGAGGCAAUUG